ACUCGGGAAGCCUUGAGCUGCCUCGCCCUCGCUGUCAUGAAGAUACGGCUCGAUAUACUGAAUUCACUGCCCUCUUAAAGCCCUCUAACAUGCUACUUUGAUCUAUUUGAGCAGUUUCAUACAGCAUUUAGAAAAUUGGGCGCGACUCUACUGAACCUCCCCAAGAACAACCAACAGCCGCUAUUCUAGCAACGAUGGCUGUCUCUCCUUCAGUCCUGUAUCCUGCUUCGUAUGAAGCAAAAGUCACCAGUACAACAAUAAAGCCGGAUGCCAAUAGCUCUGAAAACUCAUCUUACCAACAGAACCAAUUCCCUCCAUCUCAUUCUAACAAUGAGCGUGAGAUCACUGAACAGUUGAACGAUGAUGUAAGACUUAAGUAUAUCAAAGAUAAAAGGCUUGGCGAAGGUACCUAUGCUGUUGUUUUCCUUGGCCACCUCCGAACGAAACCGGCCUCAUUCGUCGCUAUCAAGAAGAUAAAGGUCAAUGCAGAGUACAAAGAUGGACUUUCUAUGGACGCUAUUCGAGAAGUAAAAUAUUUGCAAGAGCUCUCACAUCCCAACAUAAUAGCACUUCACGAUGUGUUUUCAUCAAAGGAUCAGAAUCUCAAUUUAGUACUCGAAUAUCUACCCCGAGGCGAUCUCGAGAUGCUGAUCAAGGAUACCAACAUACACUACGGUGCUGCUGAUGUUAAGGCAUGGAUGGGGAUGCUCGCUAGAGGGGUCUGGUUUUGUCACGAAAACUUCAUCUUGCAUCGGGAUAUCAAGCCUAACAACCUUCUUAUCGCGGCAGAUGGAGAAGUGAAGCUUGCGGACUUUGGGUUAGCUAGGUCGUUUGCUGAUCCCUACCUGAAUAUGACCCACCAGGUGAUCACGCGUUGGUAUCGUCCUCCAGAGCUGCUCUUUGGUGCCCGGCAAUACUCAGGUGUUGUCGACAUAUGGUCCAUGGGCAUGGUCUUCGCGGAACUCUUAUUGCGAGUUCCGUUCGUCGCGGGAAAUACGGAUCUAGAUCAGAUUGCUAAAAUAUGUGAGGCUUUCGGGACCCCAACCGAGGAUAACUGGCCAGGUGUUACCAAGCUGCCCAAUUAUCUUCCCACUGAUUCCAGCCAUGUUGUUCCCCUUCAAGGUCGAGAUUUUUUCCUUAGGCAAUUUCCGACAGCUGGUCCUGUUGGUGCAGAUCUGCUAAUGUCCAUGUGCACAUUGGAUCCUAAGAAACGAAGCACGGCUUGCAGAGUCUUACAGCACGGCUGGUGGUCCACCGAACCAAAGCCGACCGACAAGAAAAACCUUCCUCGCAAGCCGGAUGGCAUUGAGAAAAUGGGUCACGAUCUGACUCGGCGAGGGGGAGAGGUUGACGAUACAACAUUCAAAAAUGCGGCUCGACAGCUGAAUUUCAGCGGGGCCCGAGGCUAG